UCACUGGUACCAGUAGCGGGGUAUGUGGUACUUACAUAGCUAUCACUGGUACCGGUAGCGGGGUAUGUGGUGACUGCACACACCCAGCCAGGGAAGGGGCUGCCCGUACUCUGCCAAGCCCACGCCGGGCGGAGCAGCUACAGGCAGGGUCAACCAGUGCCUCCCCACCCAGAACACAGGCUCCACCAACAUCACCAGCCGCACCGUAACCUCCUCCGGUCCCGAGGUGCAGCGCCAGCCGCUCACUGAGCAGCAUCUCCCAGACAGAGCGCUAGCCCACGGCGGCGGGCGGCUGUGAGCGCCAUGUCCCACAACGUGACCGUCAUCCGGACCACAGCCAGCAGCAACAACGUCCCGCAGAGCAGCCCGGGGCUGAUAGACAGAGGCUACCCGCGAUCCAGCUCGGCCACGCUCAAGCUGUGUCAGGCGCUGUGUUUGCUGAUCGCCUUUCUUUGUGUGAGGUUCACUGACUGGCCAGAAUACAGUGCUUACCGAUAUUUUGAAGUGAUUACAAUUUGCUUCAUGAUAUUAAUAAUUAUCUUGUAUGUGGUGAACAUCUUCCGGAUCUACAGAAUGCUGACCUGUGUGUCAUGGCCCCUAGCGGAACUAUUGCACUACGCAAUCUGUACUUUCCUGCUCUUCGUUGGCUCCAUUGUGGCUGCUGUAAAAAGUCACGGUAUUGGCGGAUUAGUGGUUGGAUCGAUCUUUGGAUUCAUGGCUACGUUGCUUUGUGUUGUGGGCAUGGUGCUGUCCUAUAAAGUAUCGUUUGUAGCGCAGUCUAGUGGUGUCCCAUUAUGACUGUCCAGCCAGCUGAAGAUUCCAGAGAUGAAGUGAGAUUAAAAUUAACCUGUAAAAAUAUAUGUAUCUAAGCGCUGUUUGCACUGUCCGAGAUCUCACCACUGAGCAAAUUACACAGAACUGAUUAAUGCUAUCUGUAGUGUAUAUUUGAACAUUUAAGGCAGCUAAUUUGUAUCAGUGAAUGAUGGAUUCUGCUGUCGUACUGACGAUUGUGUUAGCAGAUCUUGCGGUUAAGGACAAGUCCCCUGAAUUUUUGACAAAUGUAUAUCUUUUCAGUAUUUGUAUGGACAGAUGAUUAUGACAAUGUUCUUCAUAAAAAUGUGAAAUUACAAA